AUGACCCAAAGAAGAAGGAUUGCAGUUAUUGGGUCUGGUCAGAUAGGUGCAAAUGUAGCUUACAUUGCAAUAAAGGAUAAUAUUGCUGAUGUCGUCUUAUUUGACAUAAUAGAAGGGAUUCCCCAAGGUAAAGCUUUAGAUAUUACUCAUAGUGCAACUAUCUUUGGAUCUAGUUCAAAAGUAAUUGGGACAAAUAAUUAUGCUGAUAUUGAGGGCUGUGAUGUUGUAGUUAUUACGGCAUCAGUUUCAGGUCGUCCUAAAGAUGAUAGAUCUGAAUUAAUGUUUAAUAAUGCUCGCAUACUUGAUUCUGUUGCUGAAGGUGUCAAAACUUAUUGUCCAAAUGCAUUUGUAAUUUGUAUAACUAAUCCAUUGGAUGUAAUGGUGGCCUAUUUUCAAAAAGCUUCUGGUCUUCCACAAAAUAGAGUGUGUGGAAUGGCUGGUGUAUUGGACACAUCUCGCUUCAGAACUUUAAUAGCUGAGUACUUUGGUGUAAAUACAUCUGAUGUUAGUGCAAAUGUUAUUGGUGGUCAUGGUGAUACGAUGGUACCUGUAAUAAGUUCUAUUUCAGUCGGUGGUGUACCAAUUUCUUCCUUCAUAAAACAGGGAUUAAUAGGUCAACCUCAGCUUGAUGAGAUUGUCAAAAAAACUAGAAUUGCUUGGAAGGAGAUUGCAGAUCUAUUAAGAAAUGCUACAGCAUUUUUUGCUCCUGCAGCUGCUGCAGUAUCUAUGGCAAGAGCCUAUCUUAAUGAUGAGAAAUCAAUAAUUCCUUGCUCUGCUUACUGCGAAGACAGUUAUGGUGUAAAGGGAAUUUACAUGGGUGUUCCAACAGUCAUUGGAAGAAAUGGAAUAGAGAGGAUUAUCGAGCUAGAUUUAACACCAAUUGAAAGGAAAUGGUUAGUAGAAUCUAUUUCUUCAGUAAGCAACCUGUGUGACGUCUUGGAAAAGAGGUCUGCUAUGGGCGCGUAA